UUACCACCUUACUUCAAUUCAAACCAGAGACAGAGAGAUAACCAACAACCACAACCACUCUCUUCUCAUUACCAACCUCAACAAUGGCUGCUUCCACCACUCUCGGACUCUUUUCUGCAAACACUUCCACUCGAAUUCCCUUUCCAAAAGCGGACUCAUCAUCAUCCAUUAGAGUUUCUCUAAAGACCAAUGCUUGCGCUGUUUCCGACCUUGGGUUCAUCACUUCGCAGCUCAGUGGACUCAAAAUCUCUAAAGUUGUCUCCAUUCAACCUGCCCGACCCAUCUUCACCAAAUUCUCUCCUGCUCUUCAACCUGUUGCCCGUAGAAUUUGUCCCUUCACUGGAAAAAAGGCGAACAGAGGAAACAAAGUCUCUUUCUCAAACCACAAGACAAAGAAGUUGCAGUUUGUAAACUUACAGUACAAAAGGGUUUGGUGGGAGGCAGGGAAGCGUUUCGUGAAGCUUCGUUUGUCAACGAAAGCAUUGAAGACCAUUGAGAAGAAUGGUCUUGAUGCUGUUGCCAAGAAAGCCGGGAUUGAUCUUCGAAAACUAUGAUGCUGCUGCCUUGACGGUUUUUUACCUUUAACAUUAGACCCCGCCUCGAGUUUUAGUAGCUGCUUUGCAUAAUAAAGCGCGCUAUCUAACUUUCUUUGCUCAGCAUUUUCAAUACAAAGAUGAAACACAACAUAAGGAUUAUUUUCACUCAUUGUUCUCUCAGCAGUUUCCAAUGCCUGAAGUGCUUUCGAUUGCAACACAGCCCUGUCAGUAUCUGAAACAACCGAACGAGAUUUGGCUAAUUUGACAUACUUAUGAAGCCAUUAAUAACUCCAGUAGACAGUCUUUGUUUUCUCGAUUAUUCAAUAUGUUCUUUAAAAGAUUGAAAGCAAUCAUGUCUUUCCCUUCCCCAUAGUAACAUAAAGCUAGAGUAGAACAUCUUUCUUUGCUUUCCAUUGUUGUUGGCAGCAGCAACUCUACAGUGUCUAAAAUAACUUUGCAAGAUUGAGCAGCUUCUGCAAGAAGUACAGGACGAAAGAAUGGAGUUUUAGAGGAUCAUAACUGUUUACAACCGAAAAUCAACAUGUAAUAAAUGCAAUCGGUUCAGUCAUAGCUAGAACUAAAUAUAAAACAACAACACAACAAAAAAAAUAAGCAAAACCCAGAACAUUUAUGAUAACCAACUAACUGAUGUUGGUUAAAGUUAGUUUGUUUUCUGUCAGUUUUCUGUUACUUUUCUGUUAAGUUGGUUUUGCCUGUAAUCUUUGUGUAUAUAAACAAUUGUUUCUGUAAUACAAUUGACGGAGUUUUUCCAA